AUGUCGCAGGAGAGCUUGGAGGUAACCCCACUGAGGACUUUCAUCACGCACAGCUCGUACGAGGGUGCCUGGAAUAGUGCUGUGAAUAUGAUGGAUGGUUUUGGUAGCUAUCGCUAUCCCGAUGGCAGUGAAUAUCGAGGCCCAUUCGUCCAGGGUAAAUUCCAUGGCUUUGGCCAUUUGAAACUGGCCCAGCCGUAUAGAUUUACCAUAAAGGGCGAAUUUAAACAUGGCAAACUUGUGAGCAUCGAGGACAUGUGGUUCAAUGAUGGCCUACAUGUCCAGGGCACUUUCUCUGGAUCGGAUUUCAAGUGCGAUCAAUGGGAUUAUCUAACGGCCAACGAUCGCCGCUAUCAGGCGGAACGACGCUAUGGCCAGCAGCCAGUGGGGCCCACAUCGUAUUUGACCAAUGAUCUAAUGGCUCGUCCCAUACCCGAUGGCUGCUAUGACGUCGAAGAGGGUAUCUUUAAUCCUCGGAGCGGUUAUCUACUCAAUCGUCCAGCUCCGUUCCCGAGUAACACCUACGUGGGUUGCACUGAAGAGCGCGACUGGAUCGUGCACAAUUGCCGGCGUGCUCGCACGGAUCACAUAAGUGAACCGUUGCCGAGCUUCUGUCGCAGCAUCACUCAAAACAAUCUGUGGACCGAGCAGCAACAAUUGCCCGAAAUAGCUAUCUAUGCGCCCAAUCAGCGAUUGCCGACCAAGCCCUACUAUCCCAAAUUGUGCAAGGAGAGAGCCAAUCAGAAGCAAGGUGACGAUCGCAAGACCAAGAACAAGAGCGUCGACGGCGGGCAAAUUGGGCUAGCUAAUGCAUAUAACGCUUCCAUAUUGGAAGCUAAAACAGAUCAUAAUUUCGCGGAAUCAUAUCGCCAAUGGACUAGUUCUUCGGAUGUCAGACGCCUGGGUUCCGACUACCAGUCUAGUUGCCCAAUGGAAAGCUUUUCGGACGAACAGAUACGCAUGAAUGUGCAAGAGGCCUACGAUAAUGUCAAUCUCAUGCAAAUCAAGAGAACAGCCGACGAUUUUCAUGUGGUGCAGUCGAAUUUGAUGCGUCCGGCAAGUUUUGUCGAUCUUACACGUUCCGUAUUUGAAUUAUAA